CAAAGACGUGUAUCAUCACCAUCUCACAAUGACUUCCCACCCGGAAUUCAAUGAGCGGACAACAGGCACCGAGGUCGCCAGCGCGUUUGCCGACCAAAUUCGCGGAAGAACAAUCCUCAUCACAGGCAUCGGUCCCAAAGGAAUCGGGGCAUCCACAGCCCUAGCCUUUGCCUCGCAGUCACCCGCUCUCCUGAUCCUCGCCUCCCGCACCAAAUCCAAACUCGAAGCAGUUGCAGACCAAAUCCGCACCAAGUUCCCCCAUCAUACUACCACCAAUACGCGAGUAGAGCUAGUUUCCCUCGACCUCAGCUCCCAGCACUCCAUCCGUCAAGCAGUCACAGAAAUCACACGCUUAACCAACAACAACAGGAAACUCGACAUACUAAUCAACAACGCCGCCAUCAACACCACCACCCGGCAGACCACGCCCGACGGAGGGCUCGAGUUGACAUUUGGCACCAACCACAUUGGCACUUUUCUGUUUACGAACUUGCUCCUACGCAACAACUUACUAUCACCACCACCGGCACGCAUCAUCACCGUCUCCAGCGCCGGCCAUCGCCUCUCCCCUAUGCGCUUCAGCGACUACAACUUUUCUGACCCUACUUAUAGAGAAGUCGUCCCAGCGGGGGAAGACCACAUGCGCCCUCCCCUACCUGGUGCCUUUGCCAAGUGUACAGAAGAUGGAUAUAAUGGGAUGGUGACGUAUGGACAGUCCAAGACGGCGAAUAUUCUGUUUACGUUGUAUUUGCAGAGACAUUUGGCUGGGCGGGGGAUUGGGGCUUUUACGUUGCAUCCGGGGACUAUCGAGACGGAACUGGGAAGGGAUCAGGAUCCCGAAGUCAAGGAAGAGUUCCAUAAGAUUGAGGCGUAUUGGAAGUCGCUGGAUGAGGGGUGUGCGACGACGAUGGUUGCGGCGCUGGAUCCGGCUUUGGAUGAAACCAAAGGAUUAUACCUGGUGGACUGUCAGUUCUCGGAUCCCCAUCCGCAUGCCAAAGAUGAAGUGGCCGCGGAAAGGCUUUGGAAGCUUAGUGAGGAGAUUGUUGGGGAAAACUUUACUUUGGAAGAUUUUUAGUUGGUUCGUUGGUUGGUUGGUUGGCAGGUGGGUGGGUGAGACUGUGAACCUCGGGCUAGGUACCUAGUGAACGGCCUCUAGCUGACUGAUAUGGCGCCGCGAAGUAUAUCCGAGGAUGAGGAAGUGAACUACAUCCCAAGAUACCUCAGAAUGUCGAGUAGAGUUGGUUCGUGACAGUUUUGCACUCGAAAGGCUCUAAGGGCUGAGGAAGUCAAUGGCCAGAAUGUGAAUGAAAGCAAGACAGUCAGUUUCUGACCUACCU